AUGACGACCAUGACCGAGGCGCCAGCAAUCGAUAGACGACACCAUACCGGACUUCAAAGCCUCAGAACACGUUCUGAUAGCCCUUACACACCACGGAGGGGAUCAAGACAAGGUUCUUUAACAUCGCUGAACUCGACGCCACCAUUACCGAGCCCGACUAUCGUAGCAGCACGAGCCUUCUAUCUCGAGAAUGUAACCUCGAUGGGAGAUACUGCCGACUCGCAAAAGCGUAAGGACCUGAUUGAAAUUCAACGGUUCCCACGACGACAUUCGGUUUUGGCGACGACAAAUAGCCUCGAAGUACAGCUGGAGAAUUUUAGUUUCAAAAAGGGGUCUCGUGACCUGCCGACUGUACCAGAAGCUGAUGAGGUGGCAGCGAAGGUUAAAGAAGAGGUCGAGGAAGACGAUGUAUCAAUGCGUGAUACCGAAGCCAAUGAUACAUCCGAGGAUGUAACACGACCACGAAGGAGCUCCAGUGCGGCGUGCAGAACAUCCCAGCAUAUCCUUCGCCAGGUCCCCUUUCAAUACACCCAUGACCAUCUAAGAGACUGGGGCUACGCCUACCUUGGGAACCCAGCAACAGCGGAUGCUUUCAUCAACCCGGUCUCCCUCCGUCGGCCGAGUCUAGCGGUAGCAAUGGGCGAUGGACUUGAAGUGAAGCCGGCUACAGAGUUGACAACAAUACGAGCCAGAGUCGUCCCAAGAGGGAAAGACCGCAAGCCAUUCUUAAUACAACGCCAAUUUGACAUUGAGGAGCUGCGAGGCAGCAUCCCCCAAGUUCCGGCGUCUGGAACGAAAUCCAACUCAUCUUCACCUGCACCGCCAUCUCUCAGACGCUCCAGCCGAGCCCGCCGCUCCUCGGCGCAACACACCACCACAACGCUCUCUCCAAGCACUCCAGCACCACCAAAGUCAAGAUCUCCUUCCUUAAGUAAAGGCGCUCUUCCAAUGCAUAUAGAAUACGCACUUCACUACCUGCCCGUCCUCGGCGCCCUCAUGCUCUCUGGCCACGUCCGAAAGGGCGACUCCAUCGACCUCCCGGUCCCCCACCCCGAAACCUGGCGGGAAGUCCUGACCUACAUCUACACGGGCCGCGGGGACUUGACACCAGCCGUCAGGGAGAACAUACUGUUUUUAGCCGGGCACGCCUAG